AUGUAUAAUCCUCCUAGCAGUCUCGCCUAUCCUUCAAAUAUUUCUCCUCCACCGCCGCUCUUUCUUUCUCAGUCCACCUCCGAAACUAGUAUCGCAGAAAUGCAUACAGACCAGCGCGGCCUCCCGCUUUUCACGCCUUCUGGAUCUCAGAGCAGCUUUGUACCUCCGGGCUUUUGGAAGAAACUCUUCAAGGGCUGGAGAGUGAUUAUCUUUCGCUCCUGGCUGAAUCUUCUUCUAUUCCUCAUUCCAGUGGCAUACGCCCUCAGCGUUACGAUGGAAGAAUCGCACAGCCUAGUGUUCGGCUUUUGUUUGCUCGCCUUGGUUCCUUUGGUUCAGUUGCACGAACUCUCAACCGCGGAAUUGGUCUGCCGUAUUGGCGGGUCGAAUACUGGCCUGAUCAAUGCUAGUUUGUCAAACAUUGUCGAACUUGUCGUUGCAAUUAUCGCGCUGCGGAAAUGCGAACUUCGCGUCCUCCAGUCCACUCUUGUGGGCUCGAUGUUGAGCAAGCUCUUACUUGUACUAGGGAUGUGCUUCUUUGCUGGAGGUUUACGUUUUACCGAACAGGGUUUUGAUCCCACGGCAAAUCAGAUUCAUUCGUCGUUACUGAGCAUCAGCGUUGGCGCAGUCCUGCUGCCAGCAGCGUAUCACUUUGCGCUCGGCGACGACGACCCCAUGCCUGACAGCCAGAAACAGAAUAUUCUAAGAAUGAGCCAUGGCGUUUCCCUUGUCUUAAUGUCACUCUAUACCGCAUACCUUCUAUUUCAGCUCUGGUCGCAUUCCCAUUUGUACCGGGAUACACACAAGAAGAGUAUCAAAUUAACUACGAAGGUACCUUCCCCUGCCUCAUUCUUUCGGAAACCGCGACAGAAAACCGAGUCCUCGCCAUCUCUGUCUGCUUGUGCAUCAAAAGAUAAUCUUCCUCUCGAGUGCCUGAACAGUUAUAAUAAUUUGCCAUACCAUGGAACCCCCUAUGCGACACAAUCUGAAGUUACACUUACCAAUACUCAACCUCUGGACACCCAACAGGGUUGCUCUGUUCGACUAGUUGGCGCUGGCGUUCCCAUGUCCAGGGGCCCAACUACUGAUAGUCGUAGCUUCAGUGGGUCCACCUAUCAUGAGAGUCCCGAAAUGGACCAAGACAGCUUCAAAGAAGUCGAUUUAAAGGGCGAUGAAGACAUGAACGGAGCACGUCCAGUAUCCCCUGUAUCAACUACCGCUUCAGGUCAGCGAGAACCGCAGCUCAGCAUUUUUAUGACACUUCUUCUACUGUCAAUUGUUACCGUGUGUGUGGCAUUCACUGCCGAUUGGUUGGUAGAGGCUAUGAAUGGCAUCUCGACGACCAUCAGCAAAGAAUGGGUUGCCCUUAUCCUCCUUCCGGCUGUGAGCUCUCUGGCAGAAUGCGCCACCGCCAUCAACGUCUCGUACAGGGAUCAAUUGAAUCUCAGCAUCUCUGUGGCUGUUGGCUCUACAAUUCAAACUGCGCUAUUCGUAAUUCCAUUCAUGGUGACCGUGGCUUGGAUAGCCGGCAAACCUUUGGCGCUUCUAUUUGACCCUUUCGAGUCACUGGUUCUUUAUAUUUCUGUACAGACUAUGACGUACGUUGUCAGCGAUGGAAAAUCUAAUUGGCUGGAGGGUAUCAUUCUCAUAGGCUUGUACAUUAUAAUCGCGGUCUCUUUCUGGUAUUACCCAGGCUCUACGCUUCCGAGUUCCUUGGCAGCUUGUCACGCCGAUCUUUCCGCUCUGAACUGA